AUGGCAGAGAGCGUGUCGACUGGAGGCGUGAAUCUUGCAGAUCACAAGGAUGGAAAGGAUAUGCACCAGAAGUACACCAUCAUUGUGGUCGGGAAGGACCUUAAGCUGGUCGAGAGGUACGUCAAGAGCAUAGUGAAGGAGGGCAGAGCGUUUGGGAUAUCUGGCCCGUGCCGCGCCCCAGUCAGGAGGCUGACCAUUACAACCCGAAAAUCCCCGUGCGGAGAGGGCACCAACACCUGGCACCGUUUUGAGCUACGCAUGUACAAGCGCACAUUCUGGGUUACCUGCGGAGGGAAUGACAUUAGCACAAUUUUGUCCAAGACAGUGGUCAUACCUGGGAUCCAGGUAACCGUUGAGGUGGAAGAGCCGGAUAAUGAGUAA